CUAUUAUCAAACGGAUAUUUUUCUGGUUUCAUGAGGUUUGAACUUUUUCUGGCUCCCCUUUGGCCCUUUCUCUUAAUAGCUCAGUGGCUACAUGCUACUGAAUAACAGGUAAAGGGUAGCUCAGUUGGUCGGACGUAAGAUUUGCAUGAAUGGACCUAAGAUUUGGAUGAAAUAAGGCUACUGCGCACCGUGUAUGGGGUGUCACCGUGACUAACCCCAACGAUCAAUCGUUCUGAUCAUCUAAUGGCCUGCUGUCUUGGGCGCAACGAAGCUGCACAGGAAGAUAGAAUCAGUCAAUUGCCAGGAGAUGUAAAGGACAGAAUUUUGGAGUUCUUGGACACUAGAUCCGCUGCCCGAACAGCUCUGCUCUCAAAUCAAUGGAAGGAUGUUUGGUUUCAUCAUGGUCGGCUUGUCAUCGAUUGGGAAUUCCAGCUACCCCUUGAAGAAGAGAGGGGUAAACCCUCGGCUACUGUUUCGAAUACUAUUAGUGACAUUCUCUUUCUCCGUUCUGGGCCUGUUAAGAAAUUCGGGCUACAUAUCAAAGAAGGUUUAAUCCCUCUUCAAUCUGAUAUAGAUCGAUGGUGUCUAUUUCUAUCUAGAAACGGAGUUGAGGAAUUUAGCCUCUGCAUUUGCCCUCGUCUUAGUAAUGAUUAUAAUCUGCCAGUUUGUAUAGUCUCCUGCCCGACCAUUAAGAUACUCAGUUUGGAUAAUUUGUUUAUUGAUUUCUCAGUUAAAUCUCGACCGGGUAGUAUAUUUCCUGGUGUCAAAUCUGUAAAUUUUUGUGGGAUUAUUUUUCUGCAUGUUGCUACUGGAAUUGUGUAUACUAUUCCUAACCUUGAAAAGCUGUUCAUCACUCUUUGUGAUUGGAAUAAUUUUCUGAUAAAUGCUCCGAAACUAAAGACCAUGGAGGUUAUGUAUGUACCCUUGUGUGGAUGUGACUAAGUGGAAAUGGUUCGUGCUUCAUCUUCAGAUGAUUAAGGCUCUUAGCUUGUGUGCCCAUGAAUAUAUUGUGAGAAUAUCCCAUUAUCUUCUUUACUAAAGUAUUAUUUCAUUUUGUGUUUUUGUGUUAUGUUUGUGGGUUCAUGGUUAACUAGCUUUUGUUAUUUUGAAGCAUGCACAUGCUGCGGCUGCAGCAGCAGCAAAUGUGCGAGAGAAGUUCCCAACUGCAGCAAAUCUGGAAAAGAUUAAGCUGUAUAAAUUGGCACUUGCUUCAAAGGAGCACCUGGAUUUUGCUGUUCAACUGAUUAAAAAAUGUCCAAAGCUAUGUGAACUGGAAAUUCUAUCACACGAGUCACUUACUCGAGCUCAGAAAGAAGCUGCUGCAAGGAGUUCAAUAGAUCCAGAAUGUGGCUUUACUGAUCAGGAUCUGGGAAUGCUUAAAACGGUGAAGAUGGAUUUAUUUCUUGCAUUAAGACUAGAAGUACUUUUUGUCAAGGCAAUCCUUUCAAUCUCUCCCAUGCUUGAGAAACUUGUUAUCAUGGAAUCGACUUAUAUCGAUGCCUCUGUGGCUUCCAAAACCGCAAGGGAGGUGCUAUGCUUCCCCCGAGCUUCUCCAAAAGGUCAAGUCGUCUUCUUGAAGCACAAGAGGCCUUGGGUUAUCGACAGCGAGGCUGCUUUACCCGAGUUUUAGUUUCCGGGCUGGUGGCUUCUAUCUCAUUGAAUUAAUUAAUUAGUAAUGUCUGGAGAUCCCUUUGUAAACCAAAUCAACAGUAAGCGCCCUCUUGGCAUUUCUCACUCUUAAUAUUUUUCUUUGAAUUGUUUGGAGAUUUCAUUAUGUUGCUAUCCCAUAUUUUUGGCGCCUUUGCGAUUUUUAAUUAUGAAUGGGUUAUAGAGGAGUGUUACUAAUGAAAUUAU